CUCUACUCCCGCAACCAUGCCGAAAGCAACGAAGAGGAAAAAGGAGAAGGCAGCGGACUUCUCAAAAGCCAAGCUCAAGCUUGGAAAGGGGAAACAGGCUCCGACCAAUGCGGUAGACACGUCCUUCAAGGCGCGCUCGAUUGCACUACCAAACCAGAGUAUUGCGGUGGAGAAAGAUGGAGACGCACCGACGACGAAGCGCAGACAUACCCUCGACGAUCUCCUCGCCCAUCUGAAGCACUACAAUGCUGGGACUAGGCGAGAUGCGCUUAUGGGUCUGAGAGAACUUCUGAAUGAGCAUUCGGAACUCAUAGUACCCUCCCUCACGAGCUUGGUGAACGCAUGUGUUAGGGUUAUUGCAGAUGAGGACGCAAGCGUCCGCAAAGCAUUGCUCUCCUUCAUGUCCUGGCUUAUACCCCUCAUCCCCGUCGACUUACUCGCACCUCAUGCGUCUGUCCUCAUUCUGUUUGCCUCAUCCGCACAAACACACAUCUUCCCCGAAAUACGCGUCGAUGCCGUCCGGUUCAUCAAUCUCUUCUUGGAGUACGUCCCCGAUGCUAUGGUGACGGGUUGGAACCAGGGGACGUCGCAGCCUGGCGGACGGGUGCUAGAGGGAUACCUUGGUAUCCUGAGUGCCGGCACGAAAUUCGGAGACAACGAGGGACCUAUGCAGGCAACGUCGACUGCGAGCGUGGUCCUGACGCCAGGAUCUCGCUUGAUCAUCCUUCAGUCCCUCUCGCUGUUCCUCAAGAGGGCUCUCUCUCUAGGAGCAUCUAGUGACCCCGAUGCGCCUGGCGCACCCUUCCCGACCUGGUAUCUCGCAAGCUCCUUCCGCGAUGAGGACGCACACCACAAGUUUGACGCCGCUCUGGCGCCCGGGCUCGACGCAUCUGGUCAGUCAUGCAAAAAGAGGUCGUGGAUCCCAGAAGCGGACAAGGAAUAUGAGACCUUCGUACACGAAUAUCCUCUUCUGGACGCAUCUUCCGCGCAAGGAUGGUCGAUACAAGAUCUUGAUGAGGCUCUCAAAUCCGUCAAGAAGCUUUCCGAAGAGGCAUCAUCUACCAUAGAUGUGUCUUUCGUGACGAGACUGGCCAGAACGCUGCAUGCUACCCUCGUCGCAACCUAUCUGGACUACGCUCCCGCCGUCUUCGGGCCUACUGGCACACCGUCGGAGACCGAAUUGCAGCUGGUCAUGACAGUUGUCGAUAUCACCAGGACUCUGUACGGUGCCAUCUUCCAGAGCGAGUCAGCAUCAACUAGUCGGCACGAAGCGUCCGCCAAUGAGCUCAAGACGCUUCUCAACUACAUGUCGCCGUACUUCCCUUUCACCCCUGCGUCAAGCAAAGAUCUCAAGCUUCAGAAGGCCUUUCAAGACUUGAAUUUAUACUACUGCGAACUCGCCUCCCUCAUCGCCCUCGCUACUGGUCCCGACGCCUCCUCCCAAACCCGACGGUCUAAAAAGAAAGACACGCUCACCGCCCAAACCGAGCGCGUCCGCACCUACAUCAUCCAGCUCUUACACGGCGAACCCGUCGCCGGUCAACAACUCGCCCGGGCACUCUCCCCCUCCGCUUACACCGCCCUCCUCCCCACCGUCUGGUCCCUACUCAACGCCCCUGAGGCGGACGACGUCCUCGCCGCCCUCCUCGACCACGCGAUCAGCGUCCCUUCCAAGACGCCGCUCAAGUUGUCGACGGUCGCUUUCGUGGGCCGCCUCGUCUUGGUGCGCCCCCUUGCUUGGCGGUCCGGGGUUCCUGGAUCUCCUAACUUUUCUUCUCUACAGCUCGAUUAUGAACACGGACCCACCCGAGUCCGCGGGUUAGAGCAACAGGCGAACGACUGGAUUGAAGCGCUGCCGAGGGUGCUAUGGGAGGUCGGCGGCAGCAAUCCAACGCUGUCCGAGAUCAUCGCUCGCAUUUUACUGCGCCUCGCACAGCGCCGGCCGUGGGCGCGCUCGGAGGCACUCCUGCAGUCCCUCCGCAGCAAGCUCGCGCCCUUCUUCAUCAUCGCGCAUCCGGCAAAGGGCAAGCUGCCCGGCCCAUACGCGAAAUUGCCAGCGACGCACAGGCAUCUGGUGCUCGAAGCCGUCGCCGCUUUAGCCGCAAGCAAUGGUAACGCGAAGGCGAAAGGCCGGCCGGUGCAGGCUGCCCCUCUGACUGCGGACGCCUUGGCGUUGCUAGCAGCUGUGGAUGAGGCAUCCGCGGGAGCGGACGAUGCUAUUUAUUGGGCGCACUUGAAGGUUGGCCUCAAAUUAGGCCAGUGACGGAGUGUUGUACGCUGGAAUGCACGAUGCUGUUCGUAGAUUUCACUGCUCAAGCGGCAUGCAGUAAACAUCCCCUGCACUUCGGUCAUUCAGCAACUGAGACGGCGGCGUACAUCGUCCGCGCAGGCGC